UACCUACUCCAACACCCACACCGACACGUCGUGUUUAUGGCACUGUGCCUGUGGCAACGCACACAGACGUAUCAUCGAGGCAACACCAAUAAAAGUAUAAUAAAUGUUAGCAAGACAUAAGCGCAGCGUACGGUACUAUUUGUUCGGGAGGGAGGUUGGAGGCACUCGCACAAGCAAGGGAGAGGCUGUGUGGCGCUGCCAGCCAGUUUACCGUUGCAAGGCGCGUAGUGCGGCCGGACGCUGGACCGUCACCCGCGCGCCGCCGGCACCCUGAAGCUCUCUGACGCUGACUAUAUUCAUUAUUCUCGAACAUACCAUCACUAUAUAGACUUAACAACCCUCUGUGUUUCCUUAAGGGUUAUAUGAACUUAAUACAUUCUUAGAGAUCUCACAUAGAGACGAAGUGCUACAACUCGUGCCUAACUGGAGUGCUAAUCUGAUUUCAGACUAUUUGUUGGAUCGUUUCAACUUUGUUGAAGAUAAAACUUUUCGAUUGUCAACACAAAAACAAUCAUCUAGAUCAACUUCCAAAGUCGGACUUAGAAAAACCAUGGCCAAAAGAAUCACAUUGAAUAUCAAAUCUGCCAAGAACCUGGUCAACUAAGUUCUUGUCGAGCGGCUAAUAGGGUUGGGGUGAAUAAUGGGAAAAAGGAACGUACGGAUCAAGUUCGCACACUCGAUUGGUCCGCCGAUAUACUCGAGCACGUUGGGCGCGUCCGAGUAGCACCCCAGCCCACAUUUGCAACCACACUACCAGUUACCGACGCUGUAGCGACUGCCAAUAAAGUACAAGUCAUACCGGGUUUUACACUUAUUUAAUUUAGAUAUAUUUACUUAAGUACAAAAAAUCACGAAGCUGCAAAUCGAACAAUUCUAGACUGACGAGAGAACGAAUUUUGAUAAUCGUUCUCCGUUGAAUCACGGUAGUCAUGACGACCACUGCCCCAGAACGGUCAAAGUCGGAUUUCUUUGAUUUCGUGACGUCCAACGAAGUUACGGAUGCACAAUAUAAACAACAAAUGCGAUCUGUAAACGUGUUCAUGGAAUCGCCCGACUCUAGGUCGAAUCCUUUGUUAUCGGAGGAACCGAAAGAACAGAACAACAAUAGCUUGUUAAGUGUUGCGACGACGCAGGCGAACACAAGCGCAAUGACAGCCGCGACUACUUCUACUACACUACAAAGUUUCGACUCGAUAUGGAAUGUAGAUCGUGAUCGAGAUCGCUUGGACACUUCAAUGCUAGAGGACUUAAAUAAAUUUAGUUAUUGGAACCAAGAUAGUGAAAUAGCGGACACCCCCUGCACGGAUACGACAAUUUCAAAUAAACUAAUCAACAAUACCGAUGGUCAAAUAUAUACUCUUACUGUCCUCAAUCACGAUAUAACAGAAAACAGUUCAAGUCGCUAUUGGAGUAAAGACGAAGACGUUUCUAUGUCUAGUCCGGCAGACAUAGAACCCAAUCCUGCAUUGGAUCUGGAAUCAAUAUUAAAUAUGAAUGGAUUCCCAAACGAUUUCAACCAAGAUCUCCCCAAACCUUUUCAUUUUGAAGAUGGUGAUUCAGAGAGUCAAAACAAUGAUCUGAACUCAAGUAAUCUAGUAAAAGUGGAACAAUAUUACGAUGAAAACGAAUAUACAAACAGUGAUAAGAAUGAUGACACGCAAAGCUCCUCUUUAAUUGGUGCUGCAACUUUACUGGAUACUCAAAUCGAAUUUAACAACAAUAACAAUGACUGGAAAGCAACAAAUAACAAUGCGAAUGAAUCUUUACUUAGAAGUGCAUUACAGGGAAAAGCUUAUUUCCGUACUGUUCAAAAAAGUACUGUUACUAAAAUAGACGCCAAUGCUGAAUUGAAGCGAGUCAUAAUCAAUAAUAAUAACAAAGCUGACGUACCAUCUAUGUACCAAGAUGCAAAGGACGCCGAUCCGGAAUUAUUGAUGGCAAUUUCACCUCCAAACGGAAAUGUCAACAUUUCAAUUUUAUUAGAGGAUCCAAGCACAGCUGUUAUAACUAAUGGAGAAAACCCGACAUCGACGCAGCAAAGCGUGGAUGACAUUUUGCUGUCUCAGUUGGAUGCGAACUAUCCUGAAGACUAUGAAAAAUUAAAAAGAAUAGCCACGGAGCUUGGUGAAUCAAUGCAACCAUUCUGCACUGUAGAACCCAUUGAUCCUACUCGAAGUGUCUACAACAUCCAUCAUGUGAAUGGUGAAUUAGUGACGAUGAUUCCAGCUGGGGAAGUACAACUCCCUCAUAACUUGCAAAUAGUCACCGCUUCACCAGCAGUUACGAGCACAAAAAACACAAGUAAAAAAUAUAAGAGGAUACAGAAUAAAAAUUCCCCGCCAAGUGCACAGCCGCAGUCUGGACCUGCCGUUCAAGCGGCUACUUCGACAUCUAACGGAGUUCGAAAAGAGAGAUCUCUGCAUUACUGUUCUAUUUGUUCAAAAGGGUUCAAAGAUAAAUAUUCUGUAAACGUACACGUAAGAACACAUACUGGGGAGAAACCGUUUACAUGUUCCCUAUGCGGAAAGAGUUUCAGACAGAAAGCACAUCUCGCGAAGCACUACCAGACACACGUAGCACAAAAAGCGGCCGCCGCCAACGGCGCUGUCAAACCCAACAAGCAAAGGUAACUGCUACAAGUUCUGUGAGUCGCGCUUGUUCAGUUUCUGUAGUGUCGUUUACAUUAAAAAUCACGGUGAUAUGACUAUAAAUGUUUUUUAAUGUAUGUAUGUAAUCAAACAUAAAGACUGACAUAUCACAGGAGAAUUUGGUAAGGUGCUAGUAAAAUAGAAAAAAAAUAUAGAGAUAAAAUGGCAGUUCACAAAGAGAGUUGGAGCAUUCUCGGCUGCGUGUUACUUUGUUGAUUUUGUAUGUAAUUCCGUCCGUUACCGAAUAUUAUUUAGCGUAAAAAAAAUCAGUAACACUGUUAUUUUUUACUUCCACAUUAUUUUUAAGUGUGUACAUUCCGUUUAUUUAUAGUCAUGUAGGUAAUUUAGAUGCUGUUAGGUGAUAUUAACACGUUUUGUUGUUAGGUAGGCAUUUUCUUUAGUCCUAUAAUAAAUUUGAUAACAUUAAUCGGCUUCAAAAAAAUGUGUAGCUCAUUGACAGUAUCGAAUAAAGGAAACAUCAGAUAAACAGGCAACAAUGACGAGCAACGUUGGGAUUACUCGCCGCCGCCGUAAUUUCUCCCGCUGUGUGACCGACUAAACUUUCUAAAAAUAAAAAAUUACAGAGUAAAAGAACGAGUAUUCUCAACCUACCAUCUUUCACCGCUCGGUUAUCGUAUGUACUGUAUUCUUCGCUAAUGUUCGGUGUUCCUUGUUACAUGCUAAACUCUUAUACUAAACGUAUACUUUUAGAACGCAUUACGUAAUGCUAUCAAAAAUUUCAACUGUUUUCUAGUAAUAACUAAAAAAAAAUUCAAUGAUGCAAUUAUCUAUAAAUCCAUAUCCGUCAGUUUAGUGAACGGUUUCUCACUCCUAGCAUUACAUCUUUCCCUCACAUUGGGAGAGGCUUGAUUGCUCUCAGAUUGCUAUAAAUUAUAAAUACAAGUGGCGUUCAAUCGCGGUCUUUAAAAUUGUGCUCCCUUUCACGGCUAACCGAUUCGCCUUUCUUUGUUCGUUCUAUGUGUUCAUAACGUGCCUCGCCCUAUCAUUAUUAUAUCUAUUAAUAACUUGUACCCAUAGCCAUUGUUUACUAAAGCAACGGACUUCAACGCGAUCGUUGUAGUACCUACUGAGCGCAAUAAUGUACAAAUAGUAAUUGAUAAAUAGAAUGUACGUGCUCAUAUACGACAAUCUUGAACAUGGAAUUGCAUGAAAGUACACCCUGUGCUUUCUAGAGAAAGCAAUUACCUGAUAUAGAGCAACUAACAUACAUAUUAUUACAUAUAUUCAAAAUUUCCACUACUUUUAAAGUGCUAUAAUAUACUAACGUAUGAUGGUUACGUCCAAAUGGACUUUCACUGUACGAAUCAAUUUAAAAAUUAUAAUAUUUUUCUAUUUCAAAAUGUAAGUUUGGAGAAUGCAUUGUGCUUGACCGCAAGCAAAUAAACUGUCCAUUAAUGAACGCCAUUACGAAUACGUGUGAUGAGUGAUGAUUUCGCUUUUGUAACAGGAAACUUUUUAGCAAAAAUGUUUAACAUGAAAUUUUUGUAUUGUUAAAAAUUAAAUCGUGAGUAUAGUAAGUUGUGGGCGGGCUGUAAUGCCUGCCCUGUCUAAUCGUCGACGCGAUGAGACGACGCCACUUGCGCUUCCUUAUCUCUUGCUUCACUGCCUACGUAACUGCCGACAUAAGAUACUCAAUUCUAUAUAUAAAUUCUUAAAUAUUUUUUGUCAUAAUUUUUUAUGAAGAAUUUAUUACUAUAAAUUAUAUUUUAAACAACAAAAUUAACUUUGAGUAAAACAUGCUAAAAAAUAAUUAACAGUUUAAUAAUAGAACAUAAUAUUUAAAGCACUAAGGUCGCAUUGAUAUUUUGGCCUCCACACGUCAAACCUUUUGUAUCAUUCUAUUAAAGUCACCAGCCCAUGCAAUUUCAUUGGAACGAUGUUGUAAUAAUUUUAUUUUAUCAAACGUAAGACUAGUCGGUUUAUAAAAAUUAACCAAGUAUCAUCAUAGUUGAUUCGGAAAUAUUUCCAAAUUGACGCAUAAUCUCAGGCUUAAUUUAAUUUUAAACUUUCCUUGUUGGAGUUUACUCCUUAAGAAUCGAUUUACAUAUAUAGGCCCGGGGUAUGAAAAUUAUGGGGACCAAAAUCGUACUAGAGAGUAUAGCAUGUCACACGAAAUGCGUUAUGCGCCUGAUUGGCUCCUGAUUGGCGCGCGCACGCAUCACCUGAUUGGCUCCUGAUUGGCGCGCGCACGCAUCACCUGAUUCUUGCGCGCAGGUCCGCACUCAGGUAGCCGUGGCAGGAUGAUGCCACAGAUUUUUUAACGUCAAAGAAUUUAAUAAGUAUUUAUUAACAGUUAAUAAAUUAUUUAUGAAAUGCAAUUUAUCAAAUGUAUAAUUAAUAGAAUAAAAAUCUACCGUGCAUAAUCUAAGUAUCAUCAAAAAUGCAUUCAUUUAUACCCGUAUUCCCUUAUCUAUUUAUUUAUUUUAUAAUCGUUCUUGAGGAGUAAACUCCAGUCGUGCGUCGGAGCGGACACACACACUUUUUUUUAUAUUUAAGAAUUGUGUUGAAAUGUUUGACAGAAAUAGGACAAAUCAAAUCGUGCCUGUUUUUAAUUUUGACAACAGUCGAAAUACGUAAUUAGUAAAAUUUACAUUCAAUGCCUACCUACUACUAAACGAUUAAUGGUACUUUUAUUUUGAAUUAAUUACCGAUAAAAACGUAUUACAAGCAAUCUGUAAUAUUGCGCACAUAUCUAUGUGUAGUGUGCUAAUUAUUUUUCUUAUUUCUUGCCAAUUAAGAUUUCAAUGUUUCAAUGUUUGCCUUCUAGCUGUUUUUCACGUGAGAUUUAUGAUGUUUUUAGUUUUCUUUACGGAAUUGUCUAAUUAUUUUUAAAACAGCCUUUUGUAUUUCUCGUAAGUAAUGAAUGACUUUUAUGACUGAAACUAGAAGAACUACGUUUGACGUUUUGCAACAACAAUAAUACUCGUACAAUGAACAACGAAGCUUUUUAUACUCUCGGUGUAUGUGUACUUAUAAUAUAGUUAUAGAGCCAGAAGAACCUUCUUUGUCAAUACUCAUUAUUUUGUAAAUACGUACAGAAGUAUGAGAAAAAUUAUUUGGGAAAUAAAUUUUUAUACUCUACCACUUGUAUCUCAUUAGAUGGUAUUUUGAAAAGUUAGCGAAUUUAUAGAUUUAAUAAGUACUCGAUAAGAAACAUUGAGAGAUUUACCAGUUUAUAUGUAAGAUUAUGGCUACCUUCAUAUAAUUAUGAGAGUGCAUAAAAUAUGGUUGUUAAUAUAUUCCUGUAAUAUAUUAUUGAUAUAAGUUAGUUUUUUGAGAUCAUUAUUUGAAAAGGUUUAUUAUUAAAAAGGUUAUUUGAUCGAUUGAUUAUUGCAUUUGUUCCUGAGUUGAUUUUUAGAUUUUAUCGAUAACUUUAAGUUUUUAUGUAAUUUUGCAUGAUUAAUUUAAUUAUAUUAUUUUAGAACCAGAAUUUGAAGGUGACGUGGACAUUUUGAUUCAAUUAUGACUUAAAAAACAUUAAAUGACAAUGAAUAACAAAAGCGAAAUUUAUUAACUCAAAAAACUAUACAAUAUAAACAAAAGUUUAAAGAGAACGUUAGAAAACCGCUACGUUAAGCAAAACUAUAUAACAAAAGUGUGUCCACAUCACCUUCAAUUAUGAUUGUCCUAAACACUCCAUUAUUUAUUUAUAGAAUUAUGUUAAAGACGUUAAAAAGAAAACAAAAACAUAUUUGUAAUCUUAAUAAACCGGAGCUGUGAUUUUUUUGCUUAUCUGUGUGUCUUUACAGUGUCACUAAUGUAUUUUUGCGUUGCAAAAAUAAUUCAGUACAAUUGACACUGAGUCAAAAGCUGAAGUCGUCUAUUAUUACUAGUAUACUUGCACAACAGCGAAAACCAGAAAAAAAACACUAAAGUGUUAACCACUGGGGAACAUCGAUUUUUUUUUAGUUUUCUGUUUUAUUUUUAUAUUAUCUUGAUCUUUUUGGUGUCUAAAAUUUAACACUAUGGUGCUUUUAAAAUUAUCGAGAGUAAUAAAAACAAAAUAUAAUAAGCGCCGUAAAAUCUUUUCACAAUAUUUGAGAAAUUUAGAAAUAUCACGCUGUUAAUUGUUUUAUGACCCACGUAGAAAUAAACAAUCUGAGUAAUUUUCUCAAUAUUAUUCCAAAAUUUUGAGAGCAACAAUGAUCGGCGACUUCAGUAUUUAUAUCAUUAUCAGAUGUGAUCUGGUCAACUUAAAACAGUACCGAACCGUUAGGUACAUAUAAUGUAAUGUAGAUACAAUAACUUUUUACAAGAUUUUUACAAUUUUGUAAUUUACUUCUUAUAUUUUUACUUUCCUAUGUUAGUUUUCUAAUAAAAUGUUUUUAUAAUAAAUACGU